UUCAUUCAUUUCAUUGACUUCCCACGAAUAGAAAAGCAAACAGUUGGCUUAGUUUAGAGUCUGAUAACUCCAAGAGCAAUGGAUACUCAUACAAUCGUCUCCACCUCUUCCAUCAUACUAUCCAAACCACCUGUUCUCCCAAUUCGCUCAUCUUCUCAAGCUUGUCAUCCUUAUCUUUCUUCCUUCGCUUCCUCUUCGAAGACCCUCUCCCUCUUCUUCUCCCCAUCCCGUCUGGCCUCCGCUUCUCGCUUUUCUCCAGUGCUUCGGAAAAAGCUCUCUGUCACUUGUGGCGCUGGGAUUCAGGAGAUUGACCAGACCCAAUUUCCGGAGUUGGUUCUCAAGUCUGACCGCCCGGUUUUGGUCGAGUUCGUCGCUAAUUGGUGUGGUCCCUGCCGGUUAAUCUCCCCUGCUAUUGAAUGGGUCGCUCAGGAAUACAAAGACAGAUUAACAGUUGUAAAGAUCGAUCAUGACGCAAAUCCAAAAUUAAUUGAAGAUUACAAAGUGUAUGGAUUGCCAGCUUUGAUCUUAUUCAAGAAUGGAAAGGAAGUACCAGAAAGUAGGAGAGAAGGCGCAAUCACAAAGGUGAAGCUGAAAGAGUACCUUGAUCCAUUGUUGGAGUCAACUUCUGUGGUAUAGCCAGUUUCAUUUCUUUUUCUUACAUAUUGGGGAAUAAUGUGAAAUAUGUGCUGAUUACGUGUAUUCUUGAGUUUUUAACUUGAGCUGUAGAUUGCGGAAGCAUAUUAUGACAAAUAUUGGAGCUAUUUCAAAUGUAGUAUUUUCCUUCUUACU